AUGCUUCCCAUCCUCGACCUCAUCACCAUCUCCGUCCUCAUCAUCAUCGUCGUCACGAUCGUCGUCGUGGCGUCGUCGCUGGCGAGCAAAUCUCCACGGGACGCGGCUUCCCCGAAGCCGACCCCGACGCUGCCCUCGCUGCCUUCGCUGCCCGUCCUGGGCAGCCUCCUGAGCCUGCGAGGCACGAGUCAGCCCCACGUCCACCUGGCUCAGCUGGGCCGCACGCACGGCGCCGUGGCACGGAGUCUUCCGCGCCCGGCGGAGCGCGGCGGCGACGGCGGCACUUCGAGGGGAGACUUCGAGGUCGGUGGCGGAGGCGAGGAGGGCGGAGCGGCGAGGAGUGGCGGCGCCCUGGCGCUGAAGCUGGGGGCCCGGCACGCGGUGCUUGUGACCAGCGCGCAGCACGCUCACCACGUGCUCAUCAGGAAGGGUCGCGAAUUCGGGGGCCGCGUGCACGCGGUGACCACAGACAUCCUGUCGAGGGGAGGCAAGGACAUCGCAUUCACGGACGUCGGCCCAUCGUGGCGCUUCCACCGCAAGCUCGUGCUGGGCUCCCUCUACACGAAGACCGGCGGAAUGGGCGCACUCGAGAAAAUCGGUAACGUCACAGCCGACACAACGACCAAGAUCAUUAACAUAUUGCCAUGCAUCUUGUGCGAUGUAUAUCACACGGCUCCACCGAACGUCUUCCCCACAGUAAUGGAGGAGGCGCUGGCGCUCAUAUCAGCAUUGGGAGAGACGACAUCCGACUCCACCAGCAGCGCCACGAGCGACCCGGAGCAGGAGCUGUCCCGCGCCUCCACCAACGUGAUCAUGCGCCUUGUGUUCGGCACGCGCUACUCCCGCGGGGACCCUGGUCUGCAAACCAUGCUGGACUACAGCCGCGGCAUUGUGGAGAUCGUGGCCAAGGACGACCUUGUGGACAUCUUCCCCUGGCUCAGGGUGUUCCCGAGCAUGUCGCUAAGGAAGCUGCGCGCAUGCGUGCGUGCGCGCGACAAACUCCUUGAGAAGCAGCUUCAAGAACACAGGGCCACUUUCCAGGAGGGCGUCACGCGCGAUCUGCUAGACCGUCUGCUGGAGGCGGCACGCGUCUCCCCGCGGCCGCCGGGCGUGGAGCUCACCGACGACCACCUCCUCAUGAUCGCCGGGGACAUCUUCGGAGCAGGGGUCGAGACGAGCACGACGGUGAUGAAGUGGAUCCUCGUCUUCAUGGUGCACCACCCCGAGAUUCAGGGCCGCAUUCACGCCGAGCUGGACGAGGUGAUUGGACGCGAGAGGCCCCCCUGCGCCGGCGACCGUGGUAAACUCCCCUUCAUGGAGGCGACGAUCAACGAGGUGCUACGAAUCAGACCGGUCGCUGCCAUCCUCAUCCCGCACGUGGCCAUGUGCGACACCACGAUCGGCGAGUUUCCUGUGAAGAAGGGCACUGAGGUCAUCGUCAACCUGUGGGCUGUCCACCACGACGAGAGCCUGUGGAAGAAACCCGACGAGUUCAAUCCCGGCCGCUUCCUGUCGCCGUGCGGUCGCCAGCGCCGUUCGAUGGGACCGAACGAGGGCUUCUUCCCAUUCGGCGCUGGCCCACGCGUCUGCUUGGGAGAGGCGCUCGCAAAGCUGCAGCUCUUCCUCUUCACGGCGUCCAUCCUGCAACGCUUCUCAGCAGGACCGAUCCCGGGAAAGGCCCUGCCGGACCUAGAGGGGAUUUACGGGGUCGUCUUGAGGCCCAGGGAUUUCCACGUGGCCCUGACGCCACGGGUGUGAAACGCCGCGCAGGCACUGCUGCUGCUAGGCCGCCUCUAAAAGUCUCUUCCGCGCUCUCUGCGUGCCCCCUGGAUUUAAUAAAAAAAAAUGUACGUGUGAGAAGUUCAGUGUAAAUACGAUUAUGUGGGAAGUCGACGAUUCUUGUCCAAUGCUGGCCCCUGUCAAAGACCGUGGAAUUUCCACCGUUGGUUCAGGGCCACCAACGGAAAUGGUUACCUUGCCUUGUUCCAUUCCCAAUGUUUUGUUCGUAACCGCAUGCAUACAUGCCCUGUGUGCAGGUGUCAUGCGUGUGUGUGUGUGUAUAUUUGUAUUCAUGUGUGUAUUCGCAACAUACAGUCAAUAUUCGUGCGCCGUAAUCCGGUGUUCCUGUAAUUCCGCUAAACCUUGUGCCGAGCGGGGAUUUACAGAAUAAUGAAAUCAACGUAGCACGGGGGUCGUCUCGUGUAUGGUAGUCGUCAUAAUCAAGGGAUCAGCUCGGGUGCAGGUGGAUUGUUAGAUUUAUAUUGCGGGACCAUGGGAGAGACCUUCACGCAGCAGCAGAUUCUUCUUUCGUACGGUGGUUGAAAAAAGCUACGGGCUACAUUUGCAGCUAUACGUUUUGUAAGCCAUGCCACGACAUUCGAAGGUAGCUUGAGUGCAGUCCGCCUGUUACACCAGAACACGGCAUGUAUCGGGCAGGCAGCAGCGGUGACUGGUUGAUGAUCUCAUUUAUUAAAACAUUUAAAAACAAAUUUGACUGUUCAAAAAAAAAUACGUAGGAGGCAACAUCUCGAAAACAGCGUAUGUAAAGAGCGCUUAUUAGAAGCUGAAAUGGCACCAAAAUAAUGAUGGAAUAGAGAGGCGAGCGAGAGCAGGUUGAACCGCUUUUCAGAAGUUCACUUGAUGAUAUGCAGAAUACCGAUGUGCCUAUAAAAGAACGUUUUUAAUCAGUGCAUAUUACCUGCUAUGAUGUAUGGCUCACAUAAACAUUGUCACGAAUGCAUUUUUUAAAAUGCACAAAGAAUGGAGAGACGCAUACUUGGAGUCACACGGAGAGACGGGAGUUCAGCAGAAACGAUGAAAAAUAAGAACCGUGGGGGCCAGGUCAAGGGACGCAGUGAGAGGAUGUCCACCGAAAUGGGUCAACAUCAGCUCGUUGGAUAAUUAUUACAUCGCAUCACAAGUCAACUAUCGCGUUAACAGACUCGGCAAGUAAGCGCUAGUCCUGUAUUUACAAUCCAGCCCAUGCGAAUAAUCUGUCAUUCAUGUUUAAGGCGCACACACGUGCUUAGUCAUAUUCUAUGAAUACGUAACGUCAGUGCAGCGGAUCUUGUAAAUGAAACGAAGUCGCUGGGUCCUCGUUAACAUGUGAAUUCGCUCUAUCCUCUUGCGCACGGGUAAAACUCAAGUGGGAAAACGUGUGGCACGGCUUGUAGCGCUAUAUCGGGAGGGGGGAGCUGCAGGGACAUGCUUCUAAGGCGGUGGCGUCAUCUCAUCACGGUCGAGCUCCGAUUAGCACGGUUGGCUACGUACGGUGCAGAAUAAUUUCAACACACGUACAAGGAAGCGGAAAGAGAAGCGGCAACAACUUUGGUUUUAGUAAUUGAGCUGUAGCGUCGCUCUUUAAAGAAAAAAAAUGUUAAAGACUAAUGUUAAUUAUGGCUGUUUGGAUUUAGACUUAAUAUCCAAUAAGAUGCAGCAGUUGCAGAAGCAUCUUCUUGAUGCGAUAUUUCUGUUCGGAUGUAAGGCCUUAAUGAUUCACGUACCGUGUUCUAUUUCCUGAGACCCAGGUUUAAUCUCUUGUCACAAAAAUGCACAGAAGUUGAAAUGGUAUUAGAAGCUGUUUCAGACCUUCCCAAAUGUGACGUGACAAGGACACACCUCCCCUUUGAAAUGAUGACCUUAAUAUGUUCUCACUCACAGCAUGUGUCUUACAGUCUAUACGUUCAAAUGCGUGAUCUGGUGCUUUCUGUAUGUGUCAUAAAAAACACACAAAGUGUCUCCCUGACACGUGUCAAUUACUUAUACACCUGAGGGUCAAAGUGAAUACGUAUAUGGGACUUUUGUUUUAAAUAUUAAGCAGGCGAAAAUAGUGAUCGACCCGUGUCACCAUAUUGAUAACAUAAAACAUACUACACUACAGCAGAGCAAAAACAACGUCCGUUUUACAGGGGGGAAAUAUUGAAAACAUUUCAGAAAAAUAUAUGAAUAAACUACAAUGUACAAUUGUUGGCCCAGACAAAUUACUUUUAACAGUCAUUUAUGAUGGAUGGAUGGAUGAUAACCCAUUCUCUAAAGUGUGAGGAUGUGUCAUAUGCAGGAGACUCAUCACUUUCCAGGGGCGUUUUCGCAAAGUGAUGGCUUAAGGCCCUGCUGCUCUUCGUACGAGCAAGGGAUACGUGUUCAUCUAAUGACACUGUGAUCUGAUAAUCGUAUGAUUUUACAUCUUUAAUU